AUGCGCAGAUGGAACAGCUCCAGUUCCUUGAACGAAGGUUCCAAGAUCCUACGGCUGUUCGUUUUGGGGUCUUCGACCCAGCACAAUUCAUCUGGACCCCUCAGAGAACUUCAAAAUAACUUCCACAUCGACAAAAAUGGGGGCCUUCCAUUAUCGCGGCCACCUUAUAUCGAACCACCGUUCCAAUUUCACUCCAAAAUCAACGCAGACGCCUCCUACGUGGACAUGCCGCGACUAUCUGUCACCAGGUUGCUUGUGAGCCUGUGGUGUGAGCUCCGCGACUACUAUAGGGUGUAUUCUGGAAGUCCGGCCGUCACCAAAACAGCCCAAAUGGAACGGGGAACCGACCUACACUUGCAAUUGGAACAGGAUACACACCAGCAAGUCGAUACUUCUGGCUUGGAUGAAUAUUUGCUGGUUUUGGUGGCAAACGCUGAUCCUGAAAUUCUUCCUGUGUCACCUAUCGAAUCCGAGCUUGCAGCCGAUUGGUGUGAAAAUAUCACUAGUCGGCUCUUCAGCUUGGUCACGUUGUCAGAGGCUCGCGAGGUAUUGGUUCAUGGAUACUUGGACCUCGAAUCGGGCAAAUUAGAGUGUACUGACAGGUCCACUUUGAUUAGCGGAAUUAUCGAUCUUUUGAAAAUCACAAAUCGGUCUGAUCCUCACGGCUAUACUCUUUUUGAGGAAAUACAACAAAGCCUCGAGUUCGAGUUCCACAACGGGCCUUUGGACAUGACCAAAUUUUUUCCAUUGGCUUCUUCAAUUAUCGCAUCUCAUUCACGCAACUUUACCUUGCAAAUCAGCGACAUAAAAACCCGCUCGUUCAACCGCUUGCCUACCCAGACGUCCGUGCUCGAAGCGGCCAGACACCAGGUGGGAAUCUAUCGAAAAUUCACCGAAAACCUCGCCGAAAACGGAUACAACAUGUUGGUUCGAAACGCCCAAAUUCGCCAUGCCGACAUCGAUAAACCCAUAGAGUUCUCCACGGCGUUGCAAUUGCUCCGAAAGUACCCCCAUCUUCUCUACGACGACUUUACAAAAUUAGCCGACGGCAGGCCCAUUGGCUUUAAAUUGUACGAUUCGCACCAAAAUGAACAGCCAUAUAAACUCGGUGAUUUUGUCGAUGUUGCUUCAUUUUCACACCAAAUGGCAACUGAACAAAACUACAACGAUACAGCAUUCGACUACUCGCAAAUCAUCACCGACUCAAUAGCUAAAACCUGGAAAACUCCACUUACACUUCGGUAUUUUGCUGCUCGAGCAUCUCAAUUUUUCCAAAUUUUGCACCCACUUCUCGGGCCUUCUACAACUGUGGAAUACUACAACGCCCGCACGGGGCAGUAUUUUGACACCAGGCACUAUCAUUAUGACGAAGAAGAUAUUGCAAAAGUUAUCGAAAACUCGGCCCAUUUUUGGUCUGGAAAACGUGAACCGGUUGGUGUUGACGAUUUGGCCAAAUGCAAAUACUGCGAGUUUUCAGCCAGAUGUUGUGUUCCGCACCCAAACUUGAAGGUUCCACAACAUAUGGGCACAGUAGGGUCGAAAAUCAGCCAGUUUUUACAAUAA